UUUCCUUUUAAUCGUUUUUCGAGAAAAUGGCGGCGUCUUCUGCCAAAUUUUUUGUACACCAAAAUCAAAAUAAAGCAAAUUCUUCUAGUCCCCAAACUAUUAUCGCUAGCCAAUACAAGGAAAUUAAUGAGGACGACGGAACUCAAUACCCCGAAUUCGAAACUAGGGAUUUUGGAGGGGAUUUUACGUAUACAGAUGGCGGAGAUAUAGUGAAUGAAGAAUAUGAUGAUAAAAUUGGUUAUAAAAGCGUCAGUGACAGAAGGUCAGCAACAACUGUGGCCGCAUUUGGUGGUGGAGAAGGCAAUGAAGCCUUUGUUGACAUUGAGGAGGUGAUUUCCACAAAGACUGUAAUCGUGAGCAGCAAUUCUGGUAACGGCAGUUGUAGUGACAACAAACGUGAUCCUCUGCAGCGCCAUUUAUCAAGUGCGAACUUCACAGCUGUACCUGAAGAAAUCAACAACAAUUGGAGUGAUAUAAAAAAUUCAUCUGAGCAAACACUAAAUAUACCAAAGAAGUCUGAAAGCGACGACAAUUGGGGUGAGGGGAUCGGUACGAAGUUCGCAUAUCAAUUACAAACACAAAACUUAGAUCAACAUACUUCGUGGACCCCCAACGAAGAAGCGUCUGGGCUGCAGCCUGUUGCGAAAACGUCGGAUCAGCAUAAAAAUCUGUGUACCGAUAAAUCAGCGAAUAAACUACCAACAAAAAUACUCAACAUACGAGCGCCGUCAUCGUCAUUGGCGUUAACGUCGUUGUCGUCACCGGCAUCGUCGUUUGCAAACUUCGCCAUGAAUUCCAGCCAACCAACGCAAGCGCCGGGCAAUCGCAUAACCUUUACAAGUCAAACUCUUCCUAACGGCACUAUAAAUAUUGGAGGAGCCGCUGGUCAUCCCGCAGGCUCAACAAUUAUAUCGACCUCCCAAUUGCCCAAUACGACCACAAUUAAGACAAUAACGUCAAGUGGAGCAGGAGGCGGUCAACAGCACCAUUCUCUGCCGCAGCAAGUACAGGUACAACAUCAUCAAGUGCUUCAAACUGGCGGACAACCAGGUGUGGCGGGUCAACCGUCGCAGCAACAGCACAAUGCAGCUAGCCAGUCAGUAGGUGCAACACAGACGCAAACCUUAGUAAUAAAAUCAAACAAUGCGGUAUCAUUGCCAGCGGGUCUGGUUUCAAGUGCACCAGGAAUAGUUACAAUGACCAAAACAAUCAAUCAGGGAAACCAGCAACCAUUGCUGAAUUCCAUGAUUCCCGCGAGUGUAGUGGUGGGCAUGCGUCCACCCAAUGCACAACAACAACAGAAGAAUGUCCAGGGCAACACAUUGGGACGUGUAGUAAUUGGCGGUCCACACAUGGUUGGGGCAAGGCCCCAAAAUCCGGCGAUAACACUCAGCACACUAGCACCUGGACAAACGCCUGCACUCAUUUUGAAAACCGAAAAUGGAUAUCAAUUGCUGCGCGUUGGCACGGCCACCUCGGGCCCGGUGACACCAACCAUUGGCGGCAGUGGCGGCACUAACUCCACCAACCCGGCACAAAUUCGUUUACAAACUGUACCAGCUGCUUCGAUGGCAGUGUCCUCGUCCACAUCCAAUAAUAUUGUUGUGAACUCCGUUGCAUCGAAUACUGCCGGCCCACAUCAUUCAUACACGUCCCAAGCGAAUAUAACAUUGCAGCAGCCUCAGCAUCAUCAGACCACACUGCAACAUCAACAACAGCAAUCGCAUCUGCAAUCGCAACACCACCAACAAAUCCACCAGCAGACGCAACAUUUGCUCCCUCAGCCCCAGAUAACCCAAAUACAAACAAUUCCAGCACAACAUUCAGCCGGUGCGACCGCCUCUACGGGCACUUCGAACACAACGACAAUGAGUAACAACCACAGCGCGGUGGUGUCCACGGCAAGUGCCGGCACAACGACGGGGACACCAACUAUGGCGACAACGCAAAGCGCUGCGCAAGGAAAUACCAAAGAGAAAUGUCGAAAGUUCUUGGCUAACUUAAUUGAUUUGGCAACGCGCGAACCCAAGCCGGUGGAAAAGAAUGUGCGUAACCUUAUCCAAGAGUUGGUAAAUGCGAACGUUGAGCCAGAGGAGUUUUGCGAUCGGCUGGAACGACUGUUAAAUGCCAGUCCACAACCUUGUCUAAUUGGAUUUUUGAAGAAAAGUUUACCGCUGCUGCGUCAGGCGCUUUUUACUAGGGAACUUGUAAUUGAAGGCAUUAAGCCCCCACCGCAACAUGUAGCCGGUUUGACUACCUUACAACAGUUUCCGAAAAUUCAGGCGCAAAUACGCCCCAUUAGUCAAAAUCAAACGACUACCAUCGGACAGACGCAAGUGAGAAUGAUUUCGCCUGGUGGCCCAGGUGGUCCCCGACCUAUUGGACAUACGACGAUCACAAAGCAGCAGGGUGGAAUUCGUAUACAAGGUCCCACCAGGCCUCGACUUGUCAAUGCCCAAAUCCGAGGACCCAUUCCAGCGUCCAUACAUCAGUCAAAUGCGCAACUCCCUACUGCGCCGAACCAAGCGAAUAUUGUACAUAUAAGAGCUCCAACAGUAACACAAAUUAGCCGACCCGCAACGGUUCAAAUACGUACUGCAAAGGGCAAAAAUGCACCACCAGGCAUUACGCACGUCAAAGUUGGACAGACCCAAAUCAAGGCGAUCUCCUCGCCUGUACCAUCGCUUGUCACGUCAAGUCAGCCGCCCUCACUCGCAGCUAUUUCCAACAGCUUACCACCCUCGUCAACACCAUCGCUAUCUGCGGUAUCCACAAUUCUAUCCACCAUCAAUUCUGUGGCGACAUAUUCGCACGCAGGCAGUGGGACAUCGUUGCCAACUCCAUCAUUGCCCACCGUACAACUGCCCCCCGCCUUAAUGAAUAGCAGUAGCAGCCAUCUGCACAAUAACGCAGCGUUAGCAGGCAUAGGAGAGAGCCUAAGAAUCAUUGACCACAAAGUGGACUUGAACAUCGUGAAACAAGAGAAAAUUGCACCUGCCACACCAUCAGCGUGCCACAGCAAACAAGCAACGACAAAAUCUGGUGCUUCAUCGGCCAGCAAAGCAUCAAGCAAAAAGAAAAAAGAACAACUGGAUAAAGAAAAAGAAGACAAAGCGAAUGCUUCGGGCGCUGCCGCAACAGCGCGUCUCUUCUACCAACAGCCCUCUAUAUCUAUGUCUUCUUCAUUAUACGGGGACGACGAUAUAAACGAUGUCGCUGCCAUGGGUGGUGUCAAUUUGGCCGAGGAAUCACAGCGCAUUCUGGGCUGCACUGAAAAUAUCGGCACCCAGAUCCGUUCGUGCAAGGACGAAGUAUUUCUGCAUCUGCCUGCGCUGCAGGCGCGUAUACGCGCGAUGGUAAUGGAGCGAGGUCUGGAAGAACCAUCACAAGAUGUGGCAGUGUUGAUAUCACAUGCGUCAGAACGUCUGAAAAAUAUCGUGGAAAAAUUGGCUGUGAUAGCAGAGCAUCGAAUUGACGUUAUUAAGCUGGACCCACGAUACGAAGUCACAAAAGAUGUACGUGGUCAAAUAAAAUUUUUAGAGGAAUUGGAUAAAGCGGAACAAAAACGUCAUGAGGAAAUGGAAAGAGAAAUGCUAUUGCGCGCUGCCAAGUCUCGAUCGAAAAUUGAGGAUCCCGAGCAGGCGAAAAUGAAAGCGAGGGCGAAAGAAAUGCAGCGUGCCGAAAUGGAAGAACUGCGGCAGCGAGACGCCAAUAUGACUGCGUUGCAAGCUAUUGGACCACGGAAAAAAAUCAAGCUAGAUGGCGACGCAAUAGGUACAGGGGCGAAUUCUAGCGCCGGCGGUGCAUUAGGCGCAUCGAGUGUACGCGUGCCGCUAAGACCACGGAUUAAACGCGUUAAUCUCCGGGACAUGCUCUUCUUCAUGGAACAGGAGCGCGACACAUGCAGAAGCCAAAUGUUAUAUAAGGCAUAUCUUAAGUGAUCGACUUCGUACAACUGCUAAGAACACCUACAUAUAUAAUAUGAACUUUCUAAAUUGGUGAACAUUUCGUCGAUAAAAUCACUUCAUCCCCUUAUUUUGUAAUUUUCUAUGUAAAGUACUUUUAUUUGUUUCGCUGUAGCUCUCCUCCAGCAACAUAUAAUGUAAUCACAUUUUGAUUGCAAAGUGAAAUGAAUGCAACUUUUGCGGGUUUUUAAUCUCAAAGCUUCUUGUAUAAAUAUGUUUAUCUUUAUGACAAUUAUGCUUUGCCGCUACUGCGGUUGACGACAAAGUGCUUUAUUAGUUGCAGAAAAUGUAUAAAGCUUACUUCAAGUUGCAAUUAGGCUGACAGCGGGAAAAUAUUUCUAGUUAGUUUGGAUGGAUUAUUGCAAUAUUAGUAAGAGCCACACUAAUAAACAUAUUCUACUUUUGAUUCUAAUAUUUUAACUCCAUUUAACAACAUAAUUUCUUAUUUUUAUUAUUGAUUUAUUUAAUAAAAAUAAAAUUUGCAACUCAUACUUGAAAUGGAAUUUCAAAAAUUAAUUCACUAGCCAAGAGUCGAAUGAGAAUAUGAAAACAAAAAGAAAUGACGAAAGCAGUUAUUUUAAGCAAUGCGUGCUUUAAAUUUCUUACUUACUUGCUCGAUUGCUUCAAACACUGCUUUGUCUAAGUAUGCAAGUUGUAUUAAAAGCAGGUAUAUUACAAGUUGGCAUGAUGAUAUUGCGUUGUUUAACAUAAAAACUAUAUAUAAAAAUAUGGCCUUAUACAUUUAGGUUAAUAUCACGCAAAUUUUGUACAUUUUCUUUAUUCCGAUUAAAUGUCGUUUUCUACUAUUUUACCUAAAACAUCUUGUUAAUCACAGGAACAAACAUUAAAGUAAACCCAUAUUUUUAAAUGUAUAAAUUUUCAUGUAGAAACUAAAUACUGAAUUAGGAGUUGGGUUAAGCGAGCAUUUGCUGAUGGGUGUUUUGUGUGUACGUGUAAGCAGAAGCGCUGCUCUUACGGUUUUCCAGCAGAUAUAGCGAAUGCCACAAACAGUUUAUGCAGCAAAGCAACAUGAAUGUAGAACAAAAAAAAAUAUGGCGUGUUGGUCCAGAAAAGGAGGGCUUGCGAUUUCCUUAAUAUACCUGCAUAAGUUUACAUUUUUGUUGCUAGCAUAUUUUUUGUUGUUUUAAGUAAAAAAAUCACUAAACAUUCGUGUUGUUUUGUUCCACUGCACAACACACCAGAUGGUUCAAUUCAGUUUCAAGAGGUUCAAAACCAAUAUUAACCUUUAAGCGCGGUCUAGAAUUAAGUAGAAUAUUCAUAGAAAUUUGUAUAUUUGUAAGACUUUACGGCCACGGCAUGAGUGGACAAUAUGUCCUUUGACGCCCACAAAAAAAAAUAUUCAUAAAAAAUUAAGUAUUAAGGUUUAUUCAUACAAAAUACACUUUAGAAUUUUAGAUUAAGCGAAAACUCUAACCGAUAAAACAAACUGCAUAUACAUACACAUAUUAAUAGAGGUGGAAACAAUAGAAAAAUAUAGUAACAAACCGCUUAUUAUAGUCUUAUUUGCAAAGACAUUAAUAAAUUUUAACAUGGACACCCAAGAAUAGUAAAUACAUAAAACAAACCAACACCAACCAAUCAAAGGACCAACAAUUCAUUCGUAAUUAAUGGUGUGCAAAACGGAAAAACAAAAUAAAAAAUAAAUAAAAAAAUGAUUGCAACUAUGGUUAGAAAUUCUACUAAAAUCGUAGUUAUAUUACAACCUAUGUAUGUAAAUGUUCGUAAAUUAAGUUAACUUUUAUUAUUUUGUAAUACGAAAAGUAAUACUUGCAGUUUAAAAAAAGUAUCAAGUUCUUUUAUAAAAUGUAUAAAGUUGAGUAACCAAAUCGGCAAAUAACGAAAAUGAAAAUAAAAAUGGAAAUACAAGUUAAACAAACAAAAUUUUAAUGCUGGCUAAAACUUAGUUUUAACUAUUGUAUAUUACAAUGAAAUUGUGUAGUUAUAAAUGAAUAAAUUAAAGUAAUUUAUAUAAAACAAA